GAGGCCCAGGGGGACUGUGCCUGGUCUACCAGCUGACAAGGAGCAGUACACAGGCUAGGACCCAUUUUUCUGAUAGGCUCUACUGACCACUGGCUCAAUUGCUGGCCCCACCUAAGUCCUGCAAUCACAGAAAUCACUUGCUGGUAUGAGAAACUGAUGAGUAACUGAUAGUUAUGUGGUCAGUGCCAUGAUGGCAGGAAGCUCAGGGGCUAUGACAGUACAGGAAAAAAGCACUUGACCCAGCUUGGGGCGAUCAGGGCAUUGACCUGGAAGGGACAUUGGAUAUGGGUCAUCAAGGUAACUAGAAGUUUUCCAGCCUGUCAAGAUAAGUAAAGGCAUCAGUGCAGAGGAAUAGCAUGAGAAAAGGCAUGGAAGCAUGAAGAAAGCACAAUAUUCUGGAGAAGAAGUGGCAAGUUCAGUACUGUCAAAGCAAAGUGUGGGACCAGUUUGUGAAACUGGGCAAAGAGAAUUUAAAAGGUGGUCGGAGGUCACUAAUUCUGCUUGGUGGGUGUUUGUUGAAUGAAUGAAACAUUUAGAGAUGGAGAGUGUGCUAAGGUGCUCAGAAAUGGGACUGACAGUCCUUAUUGGUGGAAUUUCAAGACAAGAAGAAUCAGUGUGGUCUGGGGUGGUGCCAGGGGAGAAGUGAAGUGUGCUGAGCUUUAACAGCAGAGUAGAAGCGGGGACAGCCUCCAGGUGAGAACAGCAAAGGUACAAAGUGGAAAUGAUGACAAGCUUAUGCAUUAUGUAGGCUUGCAAUGGUGGCCAUAAGGCUGGAGCCACUUGGACAGACCCUGAAUGCCAGAGGAAGAAUGUGGUCUUGAUGGGGCAGGCCAGGGAGCCACAAAAGGUCCUAGAACAGGGGAGGCUCUGGGGGAGAGAUGCUAGAGAGGUGAGUGUGGGAGCCUGGUCUCAACAACCCCAAAGGCAGAAAUCCAAGUAACCUUCUUCUCCUUUCCCUGGCAGUAGGCAGGAGCUGGACAAGAGCCUUUGGGACUGUUUGUCCACAGGCAGCCCUCUGUGUCCUGCACCAUGCAUCCCUGGGGCCCUGGGGGUUCUGAGGAGGCAGCCUCUCUCCCCCAGCAUGCAUGCAUGACUCACCUGAAAACCCUGACGGAGGUGGAUGGUGUCUAGGGAGUAGAGAGCUUGGCCAAUACCUUCUCCUUCUGGGUGCCCAGCUCCUGCCUGCACCUUAACUUUUGCGGAGCUCCAGUCUUAUUAAAGGUGAUUUACAUCUUCCCAUGCCCCAUGCUUUGAUAGGCUCAUUUACCUUCGGACUUCACCUUAAUCUUUCUGAAGGCUUUCACCUUUUCUGGACAGGAAGCUGGCAGUGGGCUCCAAGCAGGCAAGGAGGUCAAGGACUGGCUUGAUUGCCAAAAGACCAGAUACCCCACAGCCUUGAGCCCUUAGACAAUGGAGGGAGAGGAAGUCCCAACUGUGUAUAAUUCUAUCCCCAAAUUCACCCAGAACAAAGAGUGGUAUCUCCAGGGGUCCUUCUUGGCUCAGUCCAGCCAACAUCACCAUGAACAACCCUCUCCUUCUCCACUUCUUGCAACUUUAGGGUUCAGUGGGGCUGGUAAGUGACGGAGAACUCUGAGGCAACCCAUGGAGACAUAAUUGGGAUUCCUGCUUUCUGGUCUCCCUCCCUUUCCCAGCGUCCAGAUCUUUGAGCAGCUGCUGGGGCAGCGGGAUGGGGAGGAUGGGGUAGGGCCCAGGGCUGGAUCUUUGCCCCUUGCUGCCACUUGAAACCGCCAGCUGAAAUCCUGGCUCUCAGCGACCUGGGAGAGGAGGGGGUGGAGGAAGAGUAGGGAGCAGGGUUCCAGGCGCAUCAGUGCAGCCCCUUUCCCUGGGGAGCGACCCCACCCCCGCAGGCCCUAAUCCGUUGUCAGCAAUGCCCAGGCGGAGCUUGGCGUGGAAGGAGGCACGUGGGGGAGGCGGGAGUGCGGAGCGGGCACGUGGUCCAGCCUCCUCAGCCCCGUGCAUGCCCCCCGCCCCCCGUGAGGAGGGGUUUGGGGAGGUGGGGGCGGGCCUGGGCAGGGGCGGGCAGCGGGAGGCUCAGAGCGUGGGGCGCCGGCCCGCGGCAGGAGCUGUCCGCGAGACCUAGUGCUGAAGUAGGUGCGGACGUGCCUGGCUCCCGGAGCCCGGUGCCAGGGCCAGCGAAGACCAUGGCGUUCAUGGUGAAGACUAUGGUGGGCGGCCAGCUGAAGAACCUCACCGGGAGCCUGGGGGGCGGCGAUGACAAGGGGGACGGGGACAAAUCGGCGGCCGAAACGCAGGGCAUGAGCCGAGAAGAGUAUGAGGAGUAUCAGAAGCAACUGGUGGAAGAGAAGAUGGAGCGGGACGCGCAGUUCACGCAGAGGAAGGCGGAGCGGGCCACGCUGCGGAGCCACUUCCGAGAUAAAUAUCGGCUGCCCAAGAACGAGACAGAUGAGAGCCAGAUUCAGAUGGCAGGUGGAGACGUGGAGCUGCCCCGGGAGCUGGCCAAGAUGAUUGAGGAGGACACAGAGGAGGAGGAGAGGGCCUCCGUCCUUGGGCAGUUGGCCAGUCUCCCUGGCUUGGACUUUGGCUCACUCAAGGACAAGGCCCAGGCCACAUUGGGGGACCUCAAGCAAUCAGCUGAGAAGUGCCACAUCAUGUGACUACUUCCCCUGGGGUUGCCCACUGGGGUGACCAGGGGGCUGGGCCCACAUGAGGGCUAAGAACAUGUCUCAAUGUCCAGGGACCCACACCCCAUCUUAGUUUUGUUUCCCCCUGUCCCAUGUUAGCUCAGGACCCUUCUCAUCCAUGGCCCAAACCUGCCUUCUGGUCUCUCCCUCUCCACUGGGUCCAGAGUCCCCAUUCCUCACCCUUUCCCUCAGGACCCACCCUCUCUGCUCAGCCUGGAGAAGCCUCCUAAGAUUGUAGGAAUAGGCCCAUCUCCCUCCGGCCAUGGCCCCAAGUUCCUGCACACAGGAGCACCCAUAGAGAGACACAUAGAGAGACAUGGAAACCAUGGCGUGUGCGGAAGCAUGCACCACAGACACAUCCUGGCAAACACACACGCACACACACACACACGCACACACGCACAAGCCAGCCCCUGUAGACACCAACUCAGACAUGCUUAGAGGGCUCUUUGGGCAGACACACUCAGUAGAUCAGAAGCCCAACUUUGAGCCUCUGUGUUCAUUCUCCUUGAAAGCCACUGCUCUUUCUGGGCCUCACUGCAUCAUCUCUAAAAUGGGGGUGGACUGGGUAAUUUCUAAGACUCUUUCUGGCUUGGCCUCCCUGGCCCUCGGAGCCCACCCCGCACUCCUCCUUGGGCUGGACAACAGCUGCAGCCAUAGCCUCGAGCGGCUGCCGUUGUACCGUGGGCUCUGGCUCCCGGGAGCUGAGUGAUGCUGUGUGAGGGGCCGAGUGCCAAGGAUGAAGCUGGCACUGAACGGUAGCCCAGGCGGCUCCAGGCCUUCUCUGGACCCAGGCCCAGGCAAUUUCUGUUCUGUUCCUGUAGAACUCUCUCUGGAUUCCAUAGCUGGAUCUCCUGUCAGCUCUGUGAAAAAUAAAAAUUUGAAAUGA